GUUCAAGAUGGCGGCGGUGUGCAUGGGAGAUAAUGGUUCAUUAGAUAGUGAGGAUUUAGCUGAAAGGAAUACCGAUCCUGUGUUGUUCGAUAUGGUGAAGAAAAAUGGCAUCAAUCAUAAUUGUUUAUUUGGAGAUAAAAAUUGUGACCCAUUGGAAUCUACCGUGUCAAAGCAUGAAAAAAUGCCUAAAAUUAAUGGGUGCAGCGUGAAGCCACAAGGCUUGCCAGCGUUUACUAAACCAUCCAUCCCAACUUUACGAUCAAGGAAAGACAAAAUAUCUCCAGAAAUCCCAAAGAGGAAGAGGAGAGCAUCUAAGCAAGAUAUUAGUGAACCUAAAGAAGAAAUUAAGGAUAUAGAAGAGUUCAAACUAGCUCACCUUGAGUUAGACACGUCCAGCCUUAAACAUGAAGUGCCAAGUCCCAGUGAGCCGCCGUCUGCCCCGUGCUCCGAGCAGGUCACGCCUGACACCUCAAGGUCAUGUACGCCAAAUCCGUUCCUUGCACCAUCAGCAAUCACCAUCCCAAGCAAUAAAGACUCACUUAACUGCAAAAACUGUAAAACAAAGGUUGAAGAAAAACAAAUUCCAUGCCGAUGGAGAAACUGCUCAGUGAAAAUAGACCCUAGUAUAAACAUGUUGGAGCAUAUACGACAGGUCCAUGUAGAUCCACAACAACAGAGUGAGACUUUCGUGUGCCUGUGGGAUGGAUGCAAGGUGUAUAACAAGUCCUCCUGUUCCAUGUCGUGGCUGUCUAGACAUAUUGUGUGCCACAGCGGACACAAACCCUUCAAGUGUAUUGUGGAGGGGUGUGGGCAGAGGUUUACCACUCACGCAGGACUGGAGAGACAUGUCAAUAGUCACUUUAAUACACUACCACAAGCAAAUCAGAAGACGCAGAAACUUCGGGAAGACACACCAACCAAAUUACUGCGGAAACGAAAGAUAAAGAGAAGGCGACCUCAAGGAACUCGAACAGGCGAUUUCUUUGACAACUGCAUCAUGGCUCGACUGCAGCAGGAGUUAGAAGACCUCACCCAGCGGACACAGCUAGACAUAUUGGGACCGCCUCACUCUGUCACAUUCCACAGUGCUGUCAUCGCAAAGCGAACUGAAGAAUCAGGAAAAAUCAAAGUAUUACUCCACUGGACCCCAGAGGACAUUUUGCCAGAUGUAUGGGUGCCUGAAUCUCAAGUCAGCGAACAGUCACAAAGAGUCAUUCCACUUACCCAGCUACCUCGAGACUCUGCCGCCAACCUCCACCCCUCUCUCUACAGGCACCAUAGGUUCCGCAAACAUCGCCGAAAAUAAUACCUUCCCAGCAUGCAACAGUGCAAUUACCCAAUUACGUACAUGUGUGAAAGAGUGUGUGAGCCUGUAUGGAAACUGUUUGUCUUGUUAUUGUUGUCCCUGACACAGGAAGCGUGUUUCAGACCCAGUAGCGUGUGUUCGAUGUGUUUUCAUGUCAUUGUUUAGUGCUUUUAGCUUUUUGCAAUGUUUAGUUGUUAAAGUCUUGUGUUAUCAAUGUUUAGUUGUUAAAGUCUUGUGUUAUCAAUGUUUAGUUGUUAAAGUCUUGUGUUAUCAAUGUUUUACCAACGGUUUUCCAGAAGUCCUUCUCACCGGUUCAGGAGCUCAGUGUUGGAUUGAUUGUCAGUACAUUGUUAGUUGAUUUUUAAAUUCAUUUUAAUCAACUUGUAUAAUAAUUCAUGGAUGAGUCCUUAUGUAUUAUUUAUUAUUUUAAAUUUGAAUUAUUGAAUAUAGAAGUUUAGGAACUGCAUUUCAUGUGAGCCCUAAAUGUCGAACAAAACACUAUGUGUAUCGUGUUAAAUUACCUUUGUUUUUGUGUAAACACCAAUUUGUCUUUUUUUGUUUACAUUUCAUUUAUUAAUUGACUCAAAAUGUCAAAACCUGUCUGUGGUAAGAUAGAUAUACAACACCAUGAAUCAACCAUUGUACAAAUAAUGUAUACAGAAGAGGGGAACACUUUUUUGUAAGGCAAGACCAUUUUUUAUACUGUAGUAUUUUUAUGCCCUCUCUUCCGCCCAAAUAGUGUGAAUUCCAUUAAAUUACGUGCAUUUUUCGAAACAUCUUUGUUGCACCUAAAAUUUGCCAACAGCCUGAAACAACACACAACUAGUCUUGUGGAAAGCAUUGUCAGGAGUGAUAUCCUGACUGCCUGGGUUGAUGACCCUGACUUGUCUAACUCACCGCCAAUCAACCACAAAUUAUGUUUUUUCUGUUUACCUCAUGAAUCUUGAUACUUUUAUCUUGAAAAUCCAUCAACUCAAGAAGCAAACUGGUCUGGUCAAAUGUUGUGUUUGACAAUGAGAAUAUACUGUGGUAUAUUGUUGUGUGGCCCAGUGUAGCAUGUGUGUUGUCAGCUGUAUGGAGACCUGUAGGGUUUACAGCUGGUUGUAGGGAAAUGUGGCACAACCUGAGACUAGACAACAUGUUAACAAGAUUGGCUUCAAACUUUCAUCUAUACCCACAACAAUCAUGAGGUGACCUUGACCAGGGGGAUCCAGCAAUGCUUUCCUACACGGUUGUCCAAAUGUAUCCUUUUAAUUAGUAACCAUGGCAACAUUUUUUAUUUAAAUGGUAACUUAUUCUCAUUGAUACUCCAAAAGACUAACAUAUAAUGCUAAACAAAAUUGAAACCACUCGAUACUUUCAUAUGACUUAAGUUAAUCUUAUCAUGAAGUGCCAUAAGUAAGAGUAUCAAUUUGCUUUUCCAUAUUUCUCUAAAACAUUUUUACCUGAAUCUUAGUCUCCAUUUAUGCAAACAGUUACCAACUAUUCAAUAGCUGUCAUACUACUUGUUUUACCUUUAGUUUCAAUAUUCAUCUUUUUUGUUCACACAAUUUGUAAAUUAACUUUGGGUAGCCACAUUGAUCAAGGCUCCAUGGAAGUAAUUAAGGGAUCAACCUGGGCAGGUCAACUGUUUUGUAGUGUAAAUACCAAUAACACAGGUCUCACAAUUUUCUUUGUUUUUAUUAGAAAUACACUGUCGUCAAGUUGGGCUGUCGUGCUGAUCCACACAGUGCCUGAGAGUUCAAAAUAUUUAUUUUUAGUCUUAUGUUACGUCAACUGGUAUCGCGAGGCCAGGAGUCCUACUUGUAGGCGUCUCUGUGUAGAACUAUCACAAUGGUAAUCCAUGGUGUCUUUAUAAUUGUGAACUGAAACAGUGGUUGAUGAGUUUCAUGUAUAUAUGAAAACUAUAUUGUGUACAGAUAACCUGGUUUUAUUUUAAAGAAAGUAAAUAGAUGUUGUCAUCAGUGCCUAUGGUGUCCAUGCAGAACAUGACCUAAGCUGAAAGUCAUUUUGCAGAUCAGUUGUAAAACUGGAAGUAAAACCGAUAAUUCACCAUAUUAGCCUUAAAUCAGUCUUACUGGACCUAAUAGAAAAUAUAUUGCUAGAUAAUCAUGACCCAUGUUUCAUCUUACUUGAUGUUCCGUGUGGACACCUAUUUCCCAGCUAUAUUCAGUAUAGCCUACUUGUAUAUACCCAGGCCGGCCAAGAUGACAAAGGUCUGCCGUGUCUGUAGACUUGUUUGUGUCCGGCAUAAUUCCAGCAUCACAGCUGAUAAGUACAGAGUCUUAAGUGGGUGAAGUUGAAGGAUGUUACUACAAUGGUUUUCAUUUAUUUUUCAAAUGUAUGUCCAACUGUGUUGUAAGAGAUUUGUUUCCGUAGAAUUGAUUGCACAAACUCUUCUAUCUCCUCAAAGUUUGCACAUAACUUAUCUCACAUUCUGAGUGGUCUUGGCUGUUUUGCUCUUUCUGUUCAUCUUGCUGAUUAGAACUGCUGAGUUGCUGAUGUUGCAGAGUUGGCAGUAUGCCAACAUGCCUGCUGUCAACCAAAGUCUCCCCCAUAGUGUCAUGCCAUCCAGUGUUAUCCAGGGAAUCAAGGGUAUAUGACAAUAGCAUGGAGAUAAGAUGCCCUGGGUUACCAAGGAUGGUCUGAUGACUGUCAACCCCAAUCAACCAGAUCUGCCCUGAAUGGGAACAUGUCAUUUCUUGUCUUUCAUUUUGGGGUAAAGGGACCUACUAUCCUAGCAUGGGUGGCAAUUUAUUAAACACAGAUAUUCACUCACAUGAUUCCAGCGAUCAUGCAACAUAUUCAAACACAUAUGAGGGACAAAAAAGUCCAUUCUAUAAUCAAACUGAAAAUAUGUUUCAGUGCUUUCAGUUUUUCACCAGAGGAUGACUGGGCAUGCCCUUAUAAGUAUCACUGCCAUGCUGUUUAUGUUGAAGUAGUAAUAACAUAUUCUAAGCAACAAAUUUUUCCAUACCAGCAAAUUUCUAGAAUCAACAGGCAAGUUGUCUAAAGCACUACUAUUCACUACACAGGACUGCACCCUUUAGUUAUGUCCAAAAUAUUGAUCGUGUAUUUGAAUCCUAGUUUGGCCUGAUUAUGUGUGUAGAUCUGACAGUACCACAGCCAACUUAAGGCCUGUGCUCUCCUGUUGAAGUGCUGUUCGAAGCAGCAUGCAUCCAUGGCACUCAUUCACAUUGACUCACAGGUCAGUGUUAGUUGUGACAUUUUGUUACAUAUAUACACUUGUGAAAAUGUUGGGUUAGAUACAACACAUUUUACAAAUAGUGUCAUUAGAUAAAAAAAAAUUCCUCACAGACUUCAAACAUUUCCACGUCAUAGUCAACCAUUUCCACAUUACAAUCAAACAUUUCAACACUGCAGUCAAACAUUUCAGCACCACAGUCAGCUGUUUCCUCUUUGCAGUGAAACAUUUGAAUACUGCAAUCACCCAUUUGCUCAUUGCAGUCAACCAUUUCCACAUCACAAUCAACCAUUUUUAUACCAAAGUCAACCAUUCUUGGAAAAGAAGCAUGUUCGUUUUAAUUUUGGUAGAUUACACAUUUUAAUGUAAAGUCCUUUCACCACAUGGAAAUAAAUUUAAGAUCUGAUGACUGUUUCAGUCAACAAAACCACUUUGUUUGCUUGGAUGUAGUGAAUAUAGUUACUGCUGAGUUGAUGCCACGUAUCCAUGACGAUGUAGCUGUGUAAUCACCACAUUGUUGCUGAGUAAAGAGCAGGACCGGCUACAUCAGCUGAGUGGGGGACAGAAGAGCAACCAGUCCUCAUGCACCUCAGCUUGUUAGGGUGGCACUAAAGUUGAUAUUUCCCAGGAAACUAAAAUUAAGUUUUCUUCACUUGCUGAUUUCCUUUUAAUUUAAUGCUUUUGUGAUUCGUUUCUAUGUGUGUAACUCGAUAAUGAUAGAAUAUGAAAUUAGAAAGAAGUUUGCAAGCCAGCGUUGACUUUGAAUAAAUACCAGCUUGGUUUUGUAUGUUGCACCAUUACUUCAGACCACUAGUUGUCAUUACUUCAAUCAUGAAUUAUUUGUGGAUGAAAUGAGAGCAAACCAAAUUGACAGUUAUUGUCAUAUAUCUUUCUAUCUAUGCAAAUUGUCAUUCCUUAAGAUAUUGUGUCAUGGGCUUAUCCUCCUCUGUGUCACUGUUCAGUAUUAAAGGUUGUGUUAGAUUGCUGAGUCCAGUAAACUUCCUGGUCAACUUGGUAGAGGAGAAACUUAAACUUCAAGUAGAAAGACGUCUCCACUGGUUGGCUCUGCAGGAAACAAGUCAACCAACAUUAAGAAAUAUAUGCACAUCUUUAACUGCACUACUUUUCUAUAUUCCCUCCUAUUGCUGUAUUAUCCCACACCAAGCUGAACAAGAUAUGAUUGGUUUAUUAGGAUGGUAUAAAUGUUCGUAUAUCAUAAAGGGUAUUUGUGUUAUAUAGAUUUAGAACUGGAAGGUCUGUCCCUGUGUAAUUUGUCUGCAUAAUGUUACAGGUCAUAAUUGAUACACAGCUACCUAGAGAAGUGGAUAGCUUGAAUGUGUGGCUGUCGACACCAUCACUGCAAGACUGCCACAAUAUUCUCCUACAACUUAUUCAUUUGUUAUGCCAGUUUUAGUGUAAACCAGUUUUGUAUAAUGAGUCUUUGUGUAGUAGUACUGUUUUGAAGAGGGGCGUUUAUGUUGUUUCAAGUGUUCCAAUAAAUGUCCAUCCUUUUCAUAACAAAAUCUUGUCCAUUUUUCAAAAGAGUUUAUUGGGCACAAUAAGCAAUUGAUAAAGUUUGUUGAAUAUUGUCUGAAUAUUGUGUUUUUUUAGUCAGUGGCUUAAUAUUAUUGUUAAAACACAAAUACUAUACCACAGCAUUUCUUUCCCAAUACUGCUCAUAUGUUAAAAUGCAUAAAAGUUUUUGUUAAUACUGCUUAGAUGUGUCCAGUGAAGAGAGGUAGAUCUGGACCAGGCUUACAGACCCUUCAUAGACUCAACUUUCUGUUGUGUAGUAGUUGUGUAACAUGGUGGUCUUGUGACCUAUUGUACAGACUUGGUGUGUAGUGAAUGAACUGUCUCAUGAGAACCUUCCCACGUACGCACAGGGACCAGGAGGAACUAACCAACUGCAAUUCUUCAUAGCAAAAGUAAUGUACACCAUGUUCCUCCCCCAUUAUUGUCUUGUCAGCAUGUUCAAAGAAUGAUAUCAAUUGUGGGUUGUUGGCAUGUCCAUCAAAUGAUAUCAGAUGUUGGUUUUGUUGGCAUGUCCACCAAAUGAUAUCAGAUGUUGGUUUUGUUGGCAUGUCCACCAAAUGAUAUCAGAUGUUGCUUUUGUUGGCAUGUCCAUCAAAUGAUAUCAGAUGUUGGUUUUGUUGGCAUGUCCACCAAACGAUAUCAGGUGUUGGUUUUGUUGGCAUAUCCACCAAAUGAUAUCAUAUGUUGGUUUUGUUGGCAUGUCCACCAAAUGAUAUCAAUUGUGAACAUGUUGGCUUGUUCGCAGACUUAAUAACUUUUUGGCAUGUUCUCCAAAAAUGAUAUCAAUUGUUUGCAUGUUAACAGAAUGAUAUCAGUGAGGAGGUGAAAUAAUGUUAUCAAUAAUGGACAUAUUGGGAUCUUCACAGAACAAUAUUGCAGGUAGUUAUGGCCAUAUUGGCAUGUUUGUAUCACCUGACCUUAUUUUAACAAAUGCUACAAGAUGUAGAGUAAUGAAUCUUAAUUUUGCUUUAAUUGCUGGGUGGGUAUCCCAGUGGGGAAUAACGUUUUGGCAACUUGCCAGCAGGGAUGGCCACUGAAUGUAGAAACAGAUGAAGUUGAGUGUACAUAGUUAAAAUGUUUCAUAUGGUAGAUAUUUCCUUGUAUUCACUGAUCAAAAUACCCUCCUGUUGUUCUGUCUGGACUUUUUCUGGAAGUUUAUGGAAAGUUGAAAACACUAUUUCUGGUGAACUUUAUUGUGUUCUAAGUCCUUAUUAAGAAUGUUUGGGUUUACCAGUGUUGCACAAAUGAAGUAGGUGUAUCUCCUGACCUCUCUGUAAUGUUGCUGUGUAUCUGUACAGAUCUCUUGAUGUCAUGUCAGUGUACACACCUCGUUCACGAACUAUCUCAAUGAGAGAAGUAUUUUAAGUGGACAGUUUUAAAACUUGAAGGAUAUACCUUGUGCUGUUUUUCAUGGAAUUGUAAAAAAUAGGUAUAUCUGCAUGAUGAACAAUACACAUGGAUAUUCUAGAACUGCCAAAUAAUGUUACAGCUUUGUUGUUCGAGUCAGGAUCCAAGUGUAACCGCAAGGGGUUAACACAGGAUUUUCAAUCAGAAGGGAGUUAUUUAUCUUGGGGUUAAUGCACUCUGAAAACACAGCAAUGUUUUAGUUUCAGGUUCAUUUUGAAAACAUAUUUGUUUAUUUCUAAGUUGUGAAUUGAUGGUGUAUAAUGCUGCUGAGAGACUUGUUUGAGUAUCCAAUUGGUCAGCAAACACCGAUUAUCACUCUUUUGAAUGAGGUUUUCUGUGCUAGUAACUGCUAACAGUUGUUAUCACUCCACGUAACAGGUGACAUUGACUUCACAUGGACGAGAAUCAAUGUUGAUGCUGUACCAAGAUUGUUAACUGAUACUGAGGACAAGUAAAGAUCCAAUGACAGGCGUCCACAAGAAUAGUGCCACCAGUUCUAAAUACUUCCAUUUGGCUUCAAAUUGGAACUGAAUAAUUUCAACGUUAUUGUCUCAUUCCACACACUUACACAAUUUUCUGGACUUGUAUUUAAGAAAAGACAAAUUUCUAAGGCUGAGUGCGAUGUCUGUGUAUUGAGUCAUAAUACCUCCUCUUGGUGAAGUAUACGAAGUUGACAGUCUAGAGUCCAAUGUGAUAAGUGACAAUGACCAAUGUGAUAAGUGACAAUGACAAGAUGUCUCAUGUCCUGUAUUCUGUACUGACAUGUAGAGUGACAGACAAUGUCCUGACCUGAUACAGCCGUUGGUUGACCACCCUCCUGGACUGGUGCCUUGUUCACAGCUACAGACCAAACCUUCGGGACAAUGUGACAACUACACACAGGUUCGUGUAUGGAUCUGGGGAGUCAACUAACUGCUCUGAGGAAUGAAGAGUUCAAUGAGUGUUGCUUAAAACUCAUAUCAAUUAAUGUCCUUUUUGAAAAUUGUUCUUUGUCAUGUUGGUAAUUCAGAUUCAGCAUUGUAUUCUGUCUUUGAAAAUCUCGAGCAGUUAGUUUGGUAGACCCUGUUUUGUUUGAUGUCAUGUGCUGCCACGUGGUGGUGGAUCUGCCCAUAGCACCUCUAUCUGAAAUGGUAGGAUUACAUGUAGUCGACUCCCAGAACACCAACCGCACAAUAGGUAGGAUGAAAUGCAGAUACUUGACCAACUUGCCCUCGAUGAACCAAACUGUUUCUUCUUUCUUUUUUUUAUUUGUCAGACUUGUCUUCUGUUUUUCCCCCUCGGUUAAAACAUUUCGAAGGUCUUAUAAUGAUGGAACUGUUUUCGAUGUUGGUGUUUCAGUGCCUGUGGGAUGUAUGUGAAGCAUGGAUGAACACCAUUAGCAUCUCGAUCUCAUUGUAGAUAGUACACACUACCAUGACUGGGAGUGCCUGUCUUGUCACACCACAUUGUUUCCUAUAUUGAGUAUGUCAGUGUCGUCCUCAUAAUGCCAUGGCCACACAACAGCUUGCUCCGGGGAACACAGCUCCGUCGCAGCCAGUCAGUCAAACAUGUUCUGGUAGUUAAUGAAGAAGUAAGGCAAGUGUCAGGUGCUUGACAGAUAAUGAUCUGUAUUCCAUACUUGCUGUUUGUAUACCAAGUAAUGUCCACUGUAUUUCUGUAUUGAUAAUAAAGAACUAGAACGAAUCUUGCAGAAACUGCCAAAUUUAAUGUCAGAUAUAUUCUAAGAAAUUUAAAAUUAGUUAAAAGUCAUUAGAGCAAGUGACAUUGAAACCAAGGAUAGCAGAGCCAACACUUUGUCUGCAGGGCUACCCUACCACUCUUCCGUAGAAGUAUUGAUACAAUGUCACAUUUUAGCAUUACUGUAUUUGGUUUUAUGCAGGACUUUCAUGGCUGUAUGUUGUGUAACUAGGAUGGGGGUGUGACUCCCAGGAGCAACGUUGUUGUGGAGGUCAUGUGACCAUGCAUCAUACACAAAUCCACCAAUCGUGUGACACCAUAUCCAUCAGGUUGCACUUCCAUAUUUAUUUUUUCAUUGCUGUGUACGUAUCAAUUUGGUGAAGACUUGGAAACAUAUUCUCUUGUUUCGAGUUAUUUAUAAAGCAACGGUAGCUAGCGUUGUAUAGAUAGUUUUGUAAAAAUAAACACUUACAGUUGAAA